UCUAGCCGUAAUGACAGCUUGUCUUUAUUUUAUUAUCUGUUUUGGUAACAUUCAUGUAAAAUGUCACCACGUCUCAAAAUAUCAAAUUAUGUUAUUGAGAGGCUGUCUAAUAUAGACACAAAUGAAAGUACAGGAUGUCUGUACGGCCUCAUGUACGAUGGCACAUUGCUCGUGGUUGGACUGAGCUUAGAAUUAUUUGAAAAUGAGAAGAACACAUACAGGCAGUUUUUGCUCAACCUCCCCGCCGAGAUAGAAUUAUGUGGCGUCGUGCGAUUUGGCGAAACAUUGACUACAGGGACCACAAUGAAGGAAAUACUGCAGGAUGUAGAUAUAACAGACAACCCUCUAGUGAUGAUAGUCAAUGAAAAGAAAGAAAUGAAAACUCACUUUCUGGUACAUGACAAGUUUGAGGAGACAAAGUAUGAAGUGCUGAGCUCAGAUGAGAUGUGGAAACAGUUCCUCCAUGUGCGCUUGAACACAAUCUUACCACUCAGCUGUGAAGCAACUAUAUCUGGAGUGAAAAAUAUCCUGCAAAACAAGAGAAAAAAGAUUGCUUCUGGUCAGGUCUCAUUCCACAUUGAUGGUACAUCAGUCUACCUGUUUGGUGUGGCAUCAGAUGUGGGUCUAACUGGAACCAGCACAGAGGCAACCAUCGGAGAACUUGUUGACUCCAUGAGCCCAGAACAGCCCAAGAAAAAGAAGCAUAAUACUAGUAGCAUAGAAAUAGUGCCCAUAAAUCUGGUUUUGAAGACAACAAAAGAUAUAUUGUCAGAUAAACUUGUUAAGACUGCAGUUAAAAUGAUGACUACUCAAAGAAAACCUGCAUUUUGCAUCAGUAUGCCAUUGAGAAUAGAUACCUUGGCAAUGAUACACCGCAACACAAAGUUACUGGAUCUUUAUACAGUCCUUGUGGAGGCAGCCUGCAGGUCACUCCGACUAUUAGAAAGUGUCUUAUUGGAACAACUAGGUCAAGAAGGCAUUGGAGAUGGUGCUGGGCUACGAUUACCUGAAACUUUCCAUUUCCUGCCACAAGAAAUAGGGCAUUUCAUCACUAGAGUAGUACCUAAAGCCAUACCUGAUGAAAGUAUGGAAAAAGAACGGCGAUUGCUACAUGAACAAUUGGGGCUGGGCCUAACAAGACCAGUGUUUCGAAGAGGUAAUGCUUAUGCUGAUAAAAGUGGUGGGCGUCUAGUGAAUCCUCACGAGGCUAUACCCCAGCAACCAACCAAGCCAGACGUCACCGUAGCUCUAGUGCGAGGCCGGUAUACAUACCACCACUACAUGCAGGACAACUUCAACGACGACGGUUGGGGUUGCGCUUACCGCUCAAUGCAAACUAUAUUUUCAUGGUUUAGGUACCAAGGCUACACAACCGUUGAUAUACCAAGCCACAGAGACAUUCAACAGUGCCUUGUAAACAUUGGUGAUAAGCAGUCUUCAUUCUUAGGUUCAAAGCAAUGGAUAGGGUCCACUGAAGUCAUGUUUUGCUUGGAAACACUUUUAGGCGUACAAUCAAGGAUUAUAUUCGCUAACACUGGAGCAGAGUUACAGAGCUAUGCUCAUGAUCUAGUACAUCACUUCCAGACACAUGGCAGCCCUAUUAUGAUUGGUGGAGGUGUGCUGGCUCACACAAUUUUGGGAGUUGAAUUCAACUCUGCAACAAAUGACAUUCGCUAUCUCAUCCUAGAUCCUCACUACACAGGCCAAGAAGAUUUGUCCAUUGUUAUCAAUAAGGGAUGGUGUGGUUGGAAGAAUUCCGACUUCUGGAAUAAAACUGCUCACUACAACCUCUGUCUACCACAAACAAAACCUGCUAUUUAAAAGACGAAUUGUAUCAUAAGCAUUUAAAAUUUAUUGUCUUUGAACACAAUUUUCCAUUAUUCUAUUUCUUGCUGCCAAUAAUUGUUAAUGCUGUAUGUAAAGCUGUGAUAUUGGCUUGGAUAAGCCCUUAGAUUCCACACUUGUGCAUUUUUUUACAGAACAUUCAGGUGUGACCUGGUGGAAAUAAAUAUAGUUAACUGAUAUUGUAGUAUUACGCUAUGUCGAAACAAGUAGUACUAAUCAUUACAAACAUUAUACCUAUUAGUCCACAUUGAAAGUCAACAAUUUAUCUAAGGUUCCACCUGCUUUCCUCGUUUUAAAGUAUUUCUAAAUCUAUGUCACCUGGAAUCAUCUAAUCAUUGCCAUUUUAUAGACUCUCUUUCUCUCUCUUUGAAACCCAUAAAUUAGAGAACUAACAUAAGCUCAACCCAACAGCGAAAUGUGAUUAUUUGAUCAAAAGUUUAUAUCUAGGUUUAGGUAACAAUAAGCUUGUUUUAUACUUUGUUCAAAUUAUUUGCAUGUUCAAGUUUCUGCCAUAAAGAGUAACUAGAUGUUUAAACUUGUCACCCAGAACACUUACAAUAAUUGUGUACCUUUGUUGAAUUUGAAUGAUUGUUUUAUAAUCCAUAAUAAUACGUGAGUCUUUUAAUUUGCUUAACGUCAUUUUUAGUAUCGUGACAAAAUAUCAAGCAUGUAAGUUAAAUGGAAUUGUUAUAUUUUAUACUAAAUAAAGUAUAAAUUAAAAAUAA